CAUCUCAUUCCACGAUAAUGGAUUUCAAUUCUCACUUUCAGACAACUCUCCUGCUCUUGUGUCUGCUGCUUCUCUAUAGAAUUUUCUUCAGAAAAAAAGCAGCGAGGAAUUAUAAAUCCGGAAAAGUCGGUGCUCCGGAACCAACCGGAGCAUGGCCAGUCCUUGGUCAUCUCCACAUGCUACAAGGACCAGACCCUGUUUGUAAGAAGCUGGGAGCGAUGGCAGACAAAUACGGCCCAAUCUACUCACUCAAGCUCGGUAACUACAGGCUGCUGGUGGUGAGUAGUUGGGAGGUUGCCAAGGAUUGCUUCACCACAAACGACAGAGCUCUGGCGACCCGGCCAAGCAUAGCUGCCGGAAAAUAUUUGGGUUAUAACAACGCCAUCUUAGCCCUUGCUCCUUAUGGAGAUUACUGGCGCUACAUCCGCAAGGUGGCCACCAUCGAGCUUUUCUCCGCCCACCGCCUCGAGCAGCUCAGUCACGUGCGGUUUUCGGAAGUUGGGUUAUUCAUCAAAGAUCUGUUCAAGCUUUGCAACGGCAGUUGGGUGGAGGUGGAUAUGAGCAAACUUCUGGAAGGCUUGACAUUCAACCUAAUCCUGCGGAUGAUUGCCAAUGAAAUUGGAAGUGUUGGUCAGAGAGUGCAAGUGGCGAGUGUUGCUAGCAUUGCUCUUCUUCUAUAACCUUUUCCUGAGGCCGGUGUGGUUGGAGAUACAUUUUAUUAAUAAAAAUUUUAUUGUCAU